AUGAUGCAUCGGCGCGCGCUGGCCAAGACGCUGCGCGAGGCGUCUCCGUUCUUUCUCAUCGCUGGGCCAUGUGUACUAGAGUCGGAGCCAGUCGUGAUGUCCAUCGCGGACCGCUUAGCUUCAGUACAGAAGAACCUGGAUAUCCCCGUAAUCUUCAAAGCUAGUUUUGAUAAAGCCAACCGCCAGGAUCUCAAGAGCUAUCGAGGCCCUGGAAUGGAGCGUGGACUGGAAAUGUUGCAGCAAGUGAAGGACACAACGGGUCUUCAAGUGCUCACGGACGUACAUGAGACCCACCAAGUGGCCCCAGUUGCUGAGGUAGCAGAUAUUAUCCAGAUCCCAGCGUUUCUGAGUCGGCAGACGGAUCUGCUUGUGGCUGCUGCGAAUUCUGGGAGACUGGUGAACCUAAAGAAGGGACAGAUGUUGUCGGCGGAGACUAUGUUACUAGCCGCCAAGAAGCUUGCAAUCACACAGGACGAUUCUGACUUUAUUCUAACAGAACGUGGGAGUAUGUUUGGCUACGGAGACUUGGUGGUUGAUGCCAGAAAUCUCCCAAAGUUGCAGCGAUCCAAUGGGCUUGUUGUUCAGGAUGUCACUCACAGUAUUCAACGACCAAGUGGUGCGCACGCCGGAGCCACUACAAGUGGCGGUGAUCGCGAGUAUAUCCCGACAAUAGCGAGAAUGGCUGCAGCUGUUGGUGUUGAUGGCUUUUUCUUCGAGACGCAUCUUGAUCCGACGAAGGCACUCUGUGACGCAGCUACGAUGCUUCCAAUUGAUGAGCUCGAGCCUCUUCUGAAGGAGCUGAUCGCGAUCUCUCGAGCAUCCAAGGCCUUGUCAUAGCGGAAUCAUCAUUGAAAUAUUAUGCUACGGAUCGCGUAAGCUCUCUUCGACGACCGGCAGUGGGUGGUCUUUCUUCCAAAUCUUCCUCAUCAUGCGGUUGAUUUUCCUGUUGAAUCGAUCAGGUCGAGGCUGCUUCGUUUUAGGGUUUACGGAUCGACGUCUAGGUUUUGGUAUCUUCGGUUUU